UAUCGUUUUUAUGUUAUGUGCGUUCAGCACUUAAUCACAGCUAGACAUUUCACGGAACGUGCAUAUGCAUAUACGCGAAACCGGGUAUAUAACAAAGCGACACCAAAACGGACGCCACAAUCAGGUAGUAAAAGCCGAGCACAACGGACAAUACUCCUUACGACGAUCGCAAUCACGGAAAAUGGUACGUUGAUAUUCUGCGGGUGUAUCGCCUGUCAAUUGUUAGGUACGAAGAAGAACGUGUGUACGUCCUACGAGAUGCUGGGAGCAUCGUGUGCAUCGCCCUUCGUAGGCGGACCCUCAUUGAACGACGUCUGCUGCGGCAAUUCCGCCACUUUAUUUCUGUCCAUGCUGACAGUGUUAACUACCAAUAGCUCAAUAAUUAACGGUGUGUGUGAGCGAAUCACACCCAUCAAGACUCUGCGGUAUAAUUAUGACUUCAUUGUCGUUGGAGGUGGUGCGGCUGGACCGAUCGUGGCUUCUAGACUGAGCGAAGUUAAAGACUGGAACGUACUUCUUGUCGAAGCUGGUCCGGACGAGCCACCUGGCACGCAAAUUCCGAGCAACCUUCAGCUGUAUCUCAACACCGAACUGGAUUGGAAGUAUAACACUACGAAUGAAAAGUACGCGUGCUUGAGAAAUAACGGCAGCUGCAGCUGGCCAAGGGGUAAAAAUCUCGGCGGUUGCACUUCUCACCACGGUAUGGCGUACCACCGUGGACACGAGAAAGAUUACAACAGAUGGACAGAAGCUGGGAACGAGGGAUGGUCGUGGAAUGAAGUGUUGCCGUACUUCAUUAAAUCGGAAGACAAUAAAGAAAUUGAAAGGGUCGGCGCAAAGUAUCAUGGCACUGGAGGUCCAAUGACGGUCGAAAGAUUCCCCUGGCAGCCGCCAAUCGCUUGGGACAUAAUAAAGGCGGCGGAGGAGUUAGGCUUAGGAGUCAGCGAGGACUUGGUGGGCGAGAAGAUCACGGGUUUCACUGUGGCGCAGACGAUCAGCAGGAACGGCGUCAGACAGAGUACUCCCAGGGCUUACUUGUGGCCGCAUAGGAACCGCAAAAAUUUGCACGUGGCUUUGAAAGCGACUGUGAUAAAAAUCGAAACAAAAAAAUCUCACUCCAAUGUGAAAGCCACAGGAAUCACUGUGGUUAUGAACGGCCGAAAACACCACAUAAGAGCGACGAAGGAAGUGAUUAUUUCGGCCGGCGCCAUAAAUUCGCCUCAGCUUCUGCUCCUAUCGGGCAUCGGGCCGAAGAGGCACCUGGAAUCCGUAGGGAUUCGUUCGGUCCACGAUCUGCCGGGGGUUGGAGAGAAUCUCCACAAUCACGCGUCAUACGGCGUGGACUUCACUCUUAUUGAGCAGAAUGAAAAUCUACUGAAUAUGAACAAUGCCGAUACGUAUCUCUUCAAUCAAACCGGCCCGUUGUCGUCCACGGGACUGGCCCAGGUCACCGGGAUUCUGGCGUCCAACUACACCACCGCGGAUGAUCCGGACAUCCAAUUCUUCUUUGCCGGCUAUCAAGCAAUUUGCAACACGUGCGACAGAAUUUCGGAUUUGAAAGUGUACGAUAACAAACAAACCGUCAGGUUCACCGCCGUAAAUCUUCGACCGUUGAGUAGAGGUCGAAUAACGCUUGCCUCAAAAGAGCCUUUACAACCUCCGAUUAUUUGGAGCAACGAUUUGGCGCAUCCGCAGGAUCGAGCAAUAAUUUUUCAGGGUAUUCAGGAAAUUUUAAAGUUAUCAAAGGCAAACGCGCUGCAAAAAUAUUCUCUGAAGAUGGUGGAAGACGAAACUAUCUCAGAAUGCGAACGAUAUAAGAAAAAUGGGGCCAUGAGUUAUGCGUACUGGGAUUGCAAAUUCCGAUACGACACCAGGCCCGAAAAUCAUCAGGCUGGCACUUGCAAAAUGGGUCCGUCUUCGGAUCCAAUGGCUGUCGUUGAUCCAAAAACUCUCAAGGUCCACGGUAUAGAUGGCUUAAGAGUGGCUGAUGCCUCAAUUAUGCCGCGGAUGGUUUCCGGUAAUCCUGUUGCUGCAGUCAACAUGAUCGGCGAGAGAGUCGCCAGUUUCAUCAAGAGCGAUUACAAAAUGAGCGACAAUUAAAUAAAGAAGAUUAGACAAUGACUGUCUAACCUUCAAAAAUGUUAUACCAAAGAAUUAGAAGUAGUAUCGAUCUUUGUUUCCACCGCGUUAAUAAAUAUUGCACUUGUAGACAUAAUUUUUUAUGAGAUAUUUAAUACAGAUAUUCAGAUAUGGAUAUAAUUAUACCAAAGAAUUAGAAGUAGUAUCGAUUUUUGUUUCCACCGCGUUAAUAAAUACAUAUUUUACUUGUAGACAUAACUUUUUGUGAGAUAUUCAAUAAAGAUAUUCAGCAGAUAUA